ACCUGUGGCUCAAUAAUACUAUAUUGUACGGUUAAUAGUACAAAAGUGCAACCCUAGAGCUCAGCAAUAUUUUCACAGCUGGCCACGUUUCCCAGGCGAGACACAACACAACACAACAGAACAACGACGAUUUUCAUUCCAUGGCUUUGCUUUUCAUUUCCAAUUAGUGUGAAGCCCCACAACGUCGGAAAAUUCUGUCCAAGUUUUAUACAUUUUUAGUCAACGGUCGACGUUCCAAUUUGCUACUCUAUAACAAAAACGAAAAAUCAAAGUUGCCUCGCUAACACCGCAAAAUAAAAAACUCUUCUCACAGAUAAUGGCGCAAAUCUAAAACCAAAAGCAUCCAGAGCAACAGUUAUUCCAGUCGCAAAAGCCAGCCAAGGAUUAAGUUCCACACUUAUUGCCCCAAGCUCUGAAGAAAAUAAUACAGUUAACACACACACUCUUUCGCUGCUGACGUCAUCGCCAUGGACUAUAAGGAGUAUCGGCAACGGGGCAAGGAGAUGGUUGACUAUAUAGCCGAUUAUUUGGAGAACAUACGCGAGCGUCGCGUCUUUCCGGAUGUGAGUCCUGGCUACAUGCGACAACUGUUGCCAGAGUCAGCACCUGUGGAGGGCGAAUCGUGGCCGAAGAUCUUUGGAGAUGUGGAACGCAUUGUGAUGCCUGGAGUAACGCAUUGGCAGUCGCCUCAUAUGCACGGAUACUUUCCGGCAUUGAACUCGAUGCCAUCGCUGCUCGGGGAUAUGUUGGCGGAUGCGAUCAACUGCUUGGGCUUCACCUGGGCGAGUUCACCGGCGUGCACAGAGCUGGAGAUUGUGGUGAUGAAUUGGCUGGGCAAGAUGAUUGGCCUGCCGGAUGAGUUUCUGCAUCUGAGCAACAACAGCAAGGGCGGCGGAGUGCUACAGACGACGGCGAGUGAGGCGACGCUUGUGUGUUUGCUCGCUGGCAGGACACGCGCCAUUCAGCGAUUCCAUGAGCAUAAUCCUGGGUAUCAGGAUGCCGAGAUAAAUGCACGUCUUGUGGCCUAUUGUUCGGAUCAGGCGCAUUCGAGCGUUGAGAAGGCGGCGCUCAUUGGACUCGUGCGUAUGCGCUAUAUUGAGGCAGACGAGCAGCUGGCCAUGCGAGGCAAACUGUUGCGCGAGGCCAUCGACGACGACAUUAAGCAGGGCCUUGUUCCAUUCUGGGUUUGCGCCACACUUGGCAGCACUGGCAGCUGCAGCUUUGAUAAUCUGGAUGAAGUUGGCGUCGUGUGUCGCGAGUACAAUUUGUGGCUGCACGUGGAUGCCGCUUAUGCGGGCAGCGCCUUCAUCUGUCCCGAGUUUCGCACCUGGCUGCGAGGCAUCGAACGUGCGGAUUCGAUUGCCUUCAAUCCGUCCAAGUGGCUGAUGGUGCACUUUGAUGCGACAGCGAUGUGGGUGCGAGACAGCACCGCAGUGCAUCGCACCUUCAACGUGGAGCCGUUGUAUUUGCAGCAUGAGAACUCUGGAGUGGCUGUCGAUUUUAUGCACUGGCAAAUUCCGUUGAGUCGACGCUUUCGUUCGCUCAAAGUGUGGUUUGUGCUGCGAUCCUUUGGCAUCAAAGGACUGCAGCGACACAUUCGCGAAGGCGUUCGUUUAGCCCAGAAAUUCGAAGCUCUUGUGCUCGCCGAUCAUCGCUUCGAGUUGCCCGCAAAGCGCCAUCUAGGUCUCGUUGUAUUUCGCAUUCGAGGCGAUAACGAGAUCACCGAGCGUCUGCUGAAGCGUCUGAAUUAUCGCGGCAAUCAACACUGUGUGCCGUCAUCGCUUAAAGGACAAUAUGUCAUUCGCUUUACGAUCACGUCGACGCACACCACACUCGAUGACAUUGUCAAGGAUUGGAUGGAGAUCAAGCAGGUGGCAUCGAUGGUGCUCGAUGAGAUGAACAUCACCAUUUCGAAUCGUGUCUAUCUCAAGGAUACCAAGGAGAAAAGCGAAGCAUUUGGCUCCAGUUUGCUGCUGUCGAACUCUCCGCUGUCGCCAAAGGUUGUCAACGGUUCCUUUGCGGCGAUCUUCGAUGCAGAUGAGUUUCUGGCCAAGACCUAUGCGGGCAUACGCAUAGCACAUCAGGAGUCGCCUUCGACGCGACGUCGCGUGCGAGGAAUUCUGAUGUCCGGCAAACAAUUCUCGUUGGACUCGCACAUGGAUGUGGCGGUGGUACGGACCACACUGGAUGACAGUGGCAGCCACAGUCACAGCCAGAGCACUGCUGUGAAUUCCUAUGGCCGAACCACAGGCCGUGAGGCGGGGCAAGCGGUGGCGGUGGGCGGGGGACAAGCGAGCAUACGCGAGGAUGUGGACAACGAGGAGUCCGCGGCGGAAGAAACUGAGCUGCUGCUGCUGCAGCUGAGUCGCAGACGUCGCAGCAGCCACAACAACUCCAGUUCCCAGUCCAGCAAACACAACUACAACAACAGCAAUAGCAACAGCAUCAGCAACAGCAUCUCUAAUCUGAAUGCCACGCCCGCCAAUCACUUUCGCCCGAUUGCACUUUACACCGCGUAUUCGCAUUCUCAGUCUCAAUCUCUGUCCCAAUCACAAUCGCCUUGCAGUGUCACCGUCUCGGUGGACAGUCUGUUGACGCCGGUCACCCACUGUGAUGUGUAUCAUGGCAAGCGGUUUCUGGAGCCAGUGAGCAGCCUGAUCGACAACAGCUCCUUCACCAGCAGCAUUCACCACAUGCCCACGCCCAUCACAACGCCUACGGAGGACUUUGAUUGGCCCGCACGAACCUUUAAUCAAUUGCUCCUCGAACGUUAUGCUCAGUCCUCCUCGCAUUCGGUGGCCGAUGGUGAAUGCUCCUCAUCCACGGACAGCAGCAGCCUCAGUCUGGCCAGAGUCAUCACAGCCACGCCGAGCAUCCUCAGUAGUCUCAAUGAGUUGGCUUCGCCACUGCUCGGUUCCUUUGCCUCCCCCUCGCAACCGCUGCAAUCCGCUUUGGGUGACUCCGAUUCGGAUGCCACCAUUUGCUCGGCGGCCUCUUCGCUGGAGUCCCUUUAACUAAUCAUAAUCAUAAUCAUAAUAUUUAACUAUAUGAUAUUCGUGUACUUAGAAAUUGUAACUAUCCUUCACUGCUGUGCAAUCAAUAAUGUUAUCUAUCGUAGUAUCAAAUCGGGGUUAUAACAUACUAUAACAUAAAUACAAAUUUAUCUCUAACAUUGAACCUUACUCUAAUCCCAUGUAAUAUAUAUAUUUAAACCCAUACUUAACUAAGUCUAACAAGCAGUUCUAUAUACUAUACUUAGCUUAAUCAAACACUUAAAAAAAUCUGCUUUGCACUCGGCUUUCUCCUCUCCCUCUUC